GUGCUCGAAUUUGGCUUUGUUAAACUUGUCAAAUAAUGCCUGCUGAGGACGAUUCAUCGCUUUCGACUCUGAAUAUGAGAAAUGUGUCAAAGUCACAGAACUGCAGUUAAUAUAUACUAUCUUCUCGCCGUUGUAAUCGCAUCCUGCAUCCUGCAAGUUGUCCACGCCGAACAGCCACAAGUGACUAAGAACAACACAUCUGCAAUUGCUUCGCAGCAGCGUUUUCCAUCCGCAUAUGUUAACGGCUUGCUCAGGCUCAAAGCUAGUCUGUUGGCAAACAAUUUGAAGACCCCGACCAACACACUUGAGUCGCAAUCAGAACAGCAAUCACAGCAGCAGAAUUCUCCUGAGCAGAUCUCGGAUAUUCAAGCCAUGAAAUCCUUGCAGCAGGAGAAUAAAGAUCAACUGCAUCAGCAGCUGAACCAGCUGGAAAUGGAUCUGAAAAAACAGGAUGACCAGCUGCAUCAACGAGACUUGCAGUUCGCUGUAGAAGUUUCCGCGGAGCAACAACAGCAAUUGCACCAGCUAAUUGAGAAGCUCGAGGCACAGAACCAGGGUUCCGAACAGCUGCCAAUGUCAAUAAGCCCUCAGCAAGCAGCGCAACCUGAGAUGAAAUUGGAGCUGCCUUCAUCCAUUCAAGCGGUUGGCAUGGCAAAUUCCAGCGUUCAAAUGCAACUUCUGCAGCAACUUUCUAACUACUUUGGACAAGGGCAGCCACAACAACAGCAACAACAACAGCAGCAACAACAAAAUCCACAACAACAAUCACAACAAACUCAGCAAUUGCGGUUGAAUGUUGCACAGUUGUCACCAUCAUAUCCGGAUGACCAGGGAGGGGAUACAUAUGUCGAUAAUAAAACAACAACGGAAGCAGAUGACUGCGAUGAUGUCACAUCGGUGCCGCGUCCAUUGAUGGAAACCACCAAACGAACCACACAGAGACCAACACCAAAAAUCACAACAUCAGCGCCCCUAGAUAAUGUACAAGCAAUAACAAUAUGUGUGAAAAAUGGCCUUUUACAUUCGACGACUACUGUUCAGCCCAAGGUUAAAAAGGAUCCACAAAAGCAUCCCAAAUCCGAGCCUCACGCAAAGCCCCAAAAGAAGCCUCAAGCGAACACCGCAAACUGCGAAACAAGGACUGAAUCGAAGACCACAGACAAUCCUUUCAAUAUGAGCAAACUUUUCAACUUAUCGCACAAGUUGUUCGGAAUGAAGGAUAAACAGCAGCGACUUAAUCGAGAUGCAAAGUCCAACAAUGAAAUUCAUAUAAAAAUUGAUGCAAUUGCAACGCUGCUGCAAUAUCGCAAUAGGCAUAGUGAUCCAACUCAAAAUGAGCACAAGGAGCCGGUUCGACAGGGGGAACCAGCACAACAGGCUCAAGACAGCAAGAGAAGAAGAAUAACAAAGGCAUGGAGAAAGGUGAAAGGUCGCAGGCAUCGUGGGGUCGUUAGUAGGAAGCAGAUGCUGCAGGCUGAGGCCAAGAUUUGGCCUAUAAGAAAUAAUAAAUAUAUUUUAUAAUUUGUGAUCAGUUAUUUUAUAUGAUGAUUUGAGAAGCCGAAAAGUUACUUUG